AGGAGGUAAGCAACGUCAAGUCUGACGAUGGACUUGAAGGGGCUGUGCGUAUUGAAUACUUGACCUCUGUAGUACCUCUGUCUAUUGCAGGAGGUACGGGGUCCAGAUGGACACAGAGGCUACCAGCAUGCCGUCCAUCUAGCCCAUGCCCUCGUAGAGCUGCGUCACCAUGCCUUCGUUACGCAGCGGCAGGUGAGGGAGAUAGUGAGUCUUUGGCAGAAGCUGUCAGACAGAGACAAGGCGCCUAUCUCCUUCCCCCAGCGCCGCUGCUCCAAAACUGCCCACACGCCUGGAGUGGACAGCGUGACAAGUUCGUAUCUCGGGCAGGGCGCGGGAGCGGCACAGUUUCCAUAUGCCAACCGGAUGCUCGAGGCCAUCUUUUUGGAGCUGAGCCACAUACACCAUGAGGGCUGUACCAUCGCCGGGGUCCCGAUGAACCGCUGGGGGGCUGUCGAGAGGGCCUAUUCUGUCAUCAGAGACAAUCUGUACAACAGGCGGGACCUCUUGGCAGCUGCCCCCAUCCAACUCCCAGAGGUCAACAACCGGACCCUUCUGCAGUGGCACAACAAGAGGAGCAAGGCGAUGAUGACGGCCAUGGAGCGUGCAGUGGUGCCGGGGCCCAGUGCUCAGCAGACAGCAGCAGAGCUGCGUUCUCCAGCCAGGGCUCUGCUGCAGGAGCCUUUGCGGCCUGACCAGCCUCUCACACUCUCUCUCCCUGAGGACGCCUCUGGUCAGGCUGUCACACACAGUGUAGCCCUGGCACCUGCGCUGUACAAAUUCAUCACCACCACUGCAGCCUCCUCCUCCACACCGACCACCCCUCGUGCCUCCACCUCUGCUGCCCCCCCUGCCACCUCCACCUCUGCUGCCCCCCCUGCCACCUCCACCUCUGCUGCCCCCUGCCACCUCUACCUCUGCUGCACCCCCAGCCGCUUCCACCUCUGCUGCCCCCUGCCACCUCCACCUCUGCUGCCCCCUGCCACCUCCACCUCUGCUGCCCCCCCUGCCACCUCCACCUCUGCUGCACCCCCAGCCGCCUCCACCUCUGCCCCUGCCGUGCCCCGAUCCACCGCCUGGCAGAGGAAGGUCCGUGAGGAAGAGCAGCGGCGGGCCAAGGAGAUGGGCAUUCCCAUGAAGAGCAGAAAACCCUUCGAACAUUACCUCUGUAAGCGCUGUGGCCAGCCAAAGACCAGAGAAUAUGGUCACAGUCGCUACAGAAGAGAGCACUUCUGCUCCCGUGCCGAGGGCUGCUCGGUGGAGGACUGGCUGGCAGAGAAACGGGCCCAAGAGGCCAAACAGAGGGAGAGACAACAGGCUGAAGCUGCCCAUGCUUCUCAAACCCCGUCCAGCCAGACACAGAGCCAGCAGGAGAAGGAGCAGAGGGAGAAGAAGGACAACGACUGAUCUCUUUUUGUGUUGUUGGUGG